GCGCAGCCUCUUCAGCAGCGUGGGCGACGUCGAGUCCGCCAAACUCAUCCGGGACAAAGUAGCAGGUUAAGUGACUUCAGGUGUCUGAGGGUAAUGGAUAAAAUCAGGGCUGUGCGAUGUGGAUCCCAUUUAAAUACAGAUUAUUCAUAACGCACAUAAACCAACCCGGGAAUUACAAACACUUCAAUUCUGAAUUACAUCUGACAUCUCAUGAUUGAUAUUAAAGACAAAAUAGCAUAAAUUCAUCCUGCAUCAACAUCACAUCGUCCAACCCGAGAUUAAACAUUUGUUUUUUAAUCAUUUAACAGAAUCUAACAAUGUACAAUUGUUUCAAUGCUGUUUUCACCUGUUUUAUUUUUAUUUUUCAGGCUUUGAAAAUGUCUGUAAAUCUUUAAUAGUAAAUGUUUGAGAACUUUUUCGUUAAAACUUGACCGAGCGACUGACCAAUUCACAUUCUGCAAUGAGCGUUUACUCGGAGUGAGCGCUCCAGGUCCGGCCCUUUAGAUUCCCUCCUGGGGGAGAGCGCCACCAAGUGGCCAAAACAUUUCCCACACAAGCGUUUUGUGGCCUGGAGGUCUCACUCUGACUAAACCUUCCGUACCUACAGCACUCCCGAGUUGUUUGUCUUUUUUUACAAACCCCGGAUGGAGAGUUCUCUGCUGAUUUCUUGCCUAUUUUUUCAAUAUCCAGCAUGUGUGGCAUCAGUAACACAGACGGUUUUAUUAUUUUAUUUUGUUGUUUUCCUUUGUGUUUCUCUAGGCCACAGUUUAGGUUACGGCUUUGUUAACUUUGUUAACCCUAAUGAUGCAGAGAGGGCUAUCAGUACCCUCAAUGGCCUGAGGCUACAGUCUAAAACUAUCAAGGUCUCGUUCGCGCGGCCGAGUUCGGACAUGAUCAAAGAUGCAAAUCUGUACAUCAGCGGACUGCCGAGGACGCUGAGUCAGCAGGAACUGGAAGACAUGUUCACCCGCUUUGGGCACAUCAUCAACUCCAGAGUGCUGGUGGACCAGGCCUCAGGUCUCUCUCGGGGCGUGGCCUUCAUCCGCUUCGAUAAGAGGUCCGAGGCCGAAGAAGCCGUCAAGCACCUGAACGGGCACACGCCCCCGGGCAGCGCCGAGCCCAUCACGGUCAAGUUCGCCGCUAACCCCAAUCAGGCCCGGAACUCUCAGAUGAUGUCACAGAUGUACCACGGCCAAUCGCGACGCUUCGGCGGCCCCGUGCAUCACCAGGCGCAGAGGUUCAGGUUUUCUCCAAUGAGCGUCGACCACAUGGGCGGAGGGGGCGGAGUCUCGGGGAGCCCCUCCGGCGGUUGGUGCAUCUUCAUCUAUAAUCUGGGCCAGGACGCCGACGAGGCGAUCCUCUGGCAGAUGUUCGGGCCGUUCGGUGCCGUCGUCAAUGUGAAAGUGAUCAGAGAUUUCAACACCAACAAGUGCAAAGGCUUCGGUUUCGUCACCAUGACGAACUACGAGGAGGCCGCCAUGGCGAUCCACAGCCUCAACGGAUACCGACUGGGGGACAAAGUCCUGCAGGUUUCCUUCAAGACCAGUAAGGGACCAAUGUAGAGAUGCAUUACAAAUGAGUCUCCCAUCAGAUGAUUGACAGCUCUCUUGGCCAAUAAGCACGCAGAAGAGGAGUCCUGAUCGCAAACAGUUUGUUGUGUUUGAACAAACGUAUUUUAUUUCAUGUUUUUACAAGUUGCUUUCAGGUAAAAAGCACCUGAAGUACUGAAGCUUUUCAAAUGUGUAGUGAUCCGUUUCUCUUCGGUAUUUUCAUUUGUAUUCUGUUUAAGGAUUGCAGCUCCAUUGUGAUGUUGGACUGUUUAAUCACUAAUAAAUCUGCUCCUAUACAACUUUUCUGCAUAGUUUUUGUAGUUUUUUGGGAGGAGUCUUUACUUAUUUAAAAAAAGAUUAUAGAAAUAAUCUCUUCAAAAUAACUUUUUCCCCCUUUUUCAAAGAAAUGUGACCUGGGAAGUCUUAUUAACAAAUAAUUAACCCGGAGGCAGCGUGACAGACAACGGUGUCGGCUCUUUGGCUUGUUUUCCAUCUGGGAUUCUUCUGUAAACCUUUUGUCAGAGUUCUAUCUUGUACUAAUGUUUGUUUCUCCAUUUUUGAGAUAUUAAAUCUGUGUUGAAUCAGA